AGUUCAGGUAGGGGAGCUUUUAUAGGCUCGAAGGCUGCCCUAGGAAGUAACCUUCUUUCUCUCCAUAAUCCAUUUGUGCAGGCUUUAAUUUAAAGUCACGGAAGCACGUGUGCGGGCUGACAGUCCUCUCCACGGCCAUGAAGAAGACGGGGGCGGAACCCCUCCUUGUUGCCACUCCACCGAGUGGCCGCGUCCAUUCUGGGCCAGGUGGCCUGAUUUAAGGGGUAGGGAAAAGUGUCAGUUUUAGGGAUCUCAAAGGGUGGCGGCCCCAUGGCCCCGCUGGGAGGCGCCCCGCGGCUGGUGCUGCUGUUCAGCGGGAAGAGGAAAUCCGGGAAGGACUUCGUGACCGAGGCGCUGCAGAGCAGACUUGGAGCUGACGUGUGUGCUGUCCUCCGGCUCUCCGGUCCACUCAAGAAGCAGUAUGCUCAGGAGCACGGCUUAGACUUCCAGAGACUCCUGGAUGCCAGCACCUACAAGGAGCCCUUUCGGAGGGACAUGAUCCGCUGGGGGGAGGAGAAGCGCCAGGCCGACCCAGGCUUCUUCUGCAGGAAGAUCGUGGAGGGUGUCUCCCAGCCCGUCUGGCUGGUGAGUGACACACGGAGGGUGUCUGACAUCCAGUGGUUUCGGGAGGCCUAUGGGGCUGUGACGCAGACGGUCCGCGUGGUGGCCACAGAGCAGAGCCGACAGCAGCGGGGCUGGGUGUUCACACCAGGGGUGGAUGAUGCUGAGUCAGAAUGUGGCUUGGACAACGUCGGGGCCUUCGAUUGGGUCAUUGAGAACCACGGAGAUGAGCAGCACCUGGAGGAGCAGUUGGAGCACCUGAUAGAAUUUGUCCGCUCCAGACUUUAGCUGGCAGGUUCUAGGAGCGAGCGGGGGCUGCCAGGGUGAGGGGGGGCUCCCUGUGCCGAACAUGUGGUUGCUGAUGCUGGCCGAGGUUGGGGGAGCAGACAGAGGGCCUGUGUCAAGGUUUCUGGGGGCUGGUAGAUGUCAGACAAGUUAAGAAACCACCAGGGACCUCAUUUCUUCGUGGAAAGGACAGCCCUACCUCUUUACAAGGAGACUUAAAGGGCAGAGAUGGGUGAGUUGGCUGUGCUUGAAGCAGAAGCAUCACCAUCUCCAUGGGUGCCAGACCUGUCAGCCUGUGGUGGCCUUGCUUCCCCGACUGGAUGCUAUCGGCCCCUUGUUCUCGGCAAGAGCCUGGGGCUCCCCAAUGCGGAUACUAAUAAACCUUCUUGGAGCACCUGCUCAGAGCUGGACAUCUCUCAUUUCCCAGGUGACAACCCAGCCUGUGUGGCUCCGUAGGGCCUGGGUUGUCCUGGUGGCUGUGGGUUUCUGCUCUGCCUCCCAGCUGGGCGGGAACAUAUCUUGCAGAGGCUGACCUUGAUCCGGGCCAAGUGGGUAAAAGGCUUGUGUGUGUCUGAGGCAGGAUUGGAGUCUGAGGGUCUUGUCUUCUGGGAUGGCCCCGAGAGAGGCUCAGUGUUCCACAGAAAGUACCACCAGCAAGUGCCCAGAGGGGCUGGGGUGUCAUAGAGGCGCCAGAGCUUGAUGGCACCUGGUAACCAUUGUUUGGCCCUGGGCAAGUCACCAUAAACCUCAGCUUUCCCAUAGAAGGCCUUGGGCUUGACCCCUUUUAUUUAUAUAGCCUUAUACAAUUUCUAAAUUUCUUCCAGAUUCUUCACAGCCACCCUGUGAAAUAUUCGAGGAGUACAUUUUCAUCUGCAUUUAGCAGAUGCCAAGGACUCAGAGAAGUGAACAACUUGCCCAGGGUGGAGGGUUAGUAUGUGUUUGUACUACGGCCAGGACACAGGCUGCCUGACUCCUAACCAGGCCCCUUGGCCACGUGCCUUUGGGGUAUGGUGCAAAGCCCUGUGGCUCCUGGCUGUCCUCAGGCCUAGCCUGAGCCCACCAACUCUCUGGCCCUGGCUUUGUCCUCCUCCUACAAAUCCUGUGGGUCCUCACUGAUAAGGGGACAACCAAAGAAAUUCCAUCAGUUUCACCAUGACCCAAACUGAACUCUACAUAUUCCUGACCACAUCUCCUCCCUACAUCUCCUCUUCCUGAUGCUAGUUCCCUGGCUCUUCAGUUAACCAGGCCUGAAAGCUUGACAGUCAUCGUGGACUCCUCCAUGUCCCCUGACUCCCGGCUAAUCAGCCCCCAGGUUCUGUUAACCUGCCCUCCCUGUGUCUGUUACUGUAGGGAAGUCUGUGUGCCCAACGCAUAGUGAGGCCAAAUAAUACUAAAACAUCAGAGUUUGGAGCAGAGAAAGGUUUAUUGCAGGGCCGUGCAAGGAGACAGGUGGCUCGUGCCUUAAAAACCCUGAACUCCCCUCAAGCUUUCAGCAAAGCCCUUUUAUAGGAAAGGUGAGGGAGGGCUGUGGUUAGUUGUUGCAAACUUCUUUGGUGUCAGAUCCUUUGUUCCUGAGGUCAGGUCACGAUGUACCUGUAAACCUCCACCAAAACAAAUGUUAUUCUCUGUUCUAACCAGAAAGGGCAAGGUCCCAAAGGCUCAACUUUUACUCUCUGAGGUCCAGGUCCUGGCUAAGAGGAGGGGGUCCCUGCGGAGGUCAGUUACCCUGCCGGGAGCGUUGGUGCAGCACCCAGUUUGGGUCUUACCGCCAGUGCCCAGGCCCGGCUGAAGAGGCAGAUCUCAGCUGGCGGCACCCUCAGGGCCAGGUCCCCAGACCCUGCCCAGCCAUCAUCACUGAGGCACUGAGGGAGCCAGGCGCCCAGGGACCCAACUGGCCCUCAGGCUCCUCAGGCCGCCCAAACAGCAGGGCCAGGUCACGCAGACUGCGAGCCAUGUAGAACUGCUGCUGCCAUUAGGGUCACAGAGGCGGGGAUGGGGGAGAGGUUCACUGCAGCCUCAAGGCCUGGGCCCAGCCAGUGGGCGGCCAUGGAGAGGGCGUGAGCUCUGCAGGACACAGCCUUCAGCCUGUCGCUGGGCGCCCAGCUCACCCGCAGGCCCCGAGGCCAGAAGGCCUGGAGGGCCCCGGGGAGAAGGCUGUGACCCGCCUCUUACCGCACUCUCUGCCACGAGGACCACUGCGAGGCUGACUGUUGGUGGGGCGGGGCCUCUCACCGCGGCGCUCAGGGUCUCGCGCUAACAGCCGCGAGCUAAGGGCUGCGUCCCCGCCCCGCCCCUAUUACGUGUCUUCUCUCUGGGAUUCUCACUGGAAGGUAAACUCCUUGAUAGUUGGGCCGUGUCUGUCUUGUAGUUGAAGCCCUGCCUCCUUAAGGUGUACAACAUG